GUUUGACUCUGAGGGAUCAGGAGUAAGACAAACUCGUCUCAAGUGCUCAAAUAACUGCAAGAUUUGCGCGCCUUACAUUCUAAAUAAAGUUUCUCUGGUGAUGUAGCUAUGCACCAUGACCCAGAAGCUCUUUGUCUUGCCUGGUUCUUGUCAGAAGGUCUGAUGUCUAGACCGUGUGCUCCUUCAUGUGUGGUCCAGUUGAACUCUCCUUGACCAUUCGAUGGACCACAAACAGACCAGCAGCUACUGUGACCGCACUUCACAACUACUUCACCUUGACUCUUCACCCCUUUACCUUUGAACCCUCACCCCUGACCCAUACUCUUGACCUCUAACCCCUCACUCCAAACCCUUAACCUUACUCAUCACCUCUCCUCUCCUCUCCUCUCCUCUCCUCUCCUCUCCUCUCCUCUCCUCUCCUCUCCUCUCCUCUCCUCUCCUCUCCUCUCCUCUCCACUAUGUUAUCCCGCAUCUCUACAGUCCUCAUAGCUGUGUUGUGUCGGUGUGUGCUAGUGUCUCUGGGGGUGGACCCCCCUCACCCCCGUCGAGAGAUCCGGAUCGAGGGAGACCUGGUCUUGGGGGGGCUGUUCCCAGUCCAUGAGAAGGGGGGAGGGAUAGAGGAGUGCGGGAGGGUGAACGAGGACAGAGGGAUCCAGAGGUUGGAGGCCAUGCUGUUUGCUAUAGACAGGAUCAACUCUGAUCCUACUCUACUGCCUGGAGUCAGUCUGGGAGUUCACAUACUGGACACCUGUUCUAGAGAUACAUACGCACUGGAACAGGCGCUGGAGUUUGUGCGUGCAUCUCUGACCAAGGUGGACGAUACAGAGUUUAUCUGUCCUGAUGGAUCCUACGCUCUACAGGAAGACAUUCCCCUGGCCAUUGCUGGAGUUAUAGGAGGAUCCUAUAGCAGUGUGUCUAUACAGGUGGCCAACCUGCUGCGCCUCUUCCAGAUCCCUCAGAUCAGCUAUGCCUCCACUAGCGCCAAGCUCAGCGACAAGACGCGCUAUGACUACUUUGCUCGCACGGUGCCCCCUGACUUCUACCAGGCCAAGGCCAUGGCAGAGAUCCUACGGCUGUUCAACUGGACCUACGUGUCCACAGUGGCAUCAGAGGGAGACUAUGGAGAGACGGGCAUUGAGGCCUUUGAACAGGAAGCCCGUAUGAGGAACAUCUGCAUUGCUACCUCUGAGAAGGUGGGCCGCUCUAACGCUAAGAAGUCCUAUGAGGCAGUGAUCAGGCAGCUCCUCCAGAAGCCCAACGCCCGCGUGGCUGUCCUCUUCCUGCGCAGCGAUGACGCUCGGGAACUCCUCUCUGCCGCCGCACGACUCAACACCACCUUCAUCUGGGUGGCCAGUGACGGCUGGGGGGCACAGGAGAGCAUUGUCAAGGGCAAUGAGGCCACAGCCAAUGGGGCCAUCACCCUGGAGCUGGCGGCCAAUCCCGUGCCGGCAUUCAACCGCUACUUCCUGUCUCUGGAUCCAAUCAACAACCACCGCAACCCCUGGUACCGAGAAUUCUGGGAGCAGAAGUUCCAGUGCUCACUUGGAGGAGGGGGUGGAGGAGUAGGAACUGGGGCAGGAGCUGUAGGGUCAGGGGGAACUGUCUCUCUCUCUCUCCCUCCCUGUGAGAAGGGUGUGUUGGUGGAUGAUAGUAACUUUGAGCCGGAGUCCAAGAUCAUGUUUGUGGUGAAUGCGGUAUACGCUGUGGCCCACGCCCUCGAUAAGAUGCAGAGAACACUGUGUUCCAACACCAGCAAGCUCUGUGACAGCAUGAAGGCUCUGGAUGGACGCAAGCUCUACAGAGACUACCUUCUCAACAUCAGCUUCACAGCUCCCUUCUCUCCUCCCGGUAUUGAGACCGUGGUGAAGUUUGAUGCUUAUGGCGACGGAAUGGGACGCUACAACAUCUUCAGUUACCAGCACAACGCUGAUCGCUAUGGAUACGUGCCCAUCGGUGAGUGGGCGGAGACUCUGAGCCUGAGCAGUGAUCUGAUUCGCUGGCCAAGGGAGGUAGUGCCCCCAUCCCAGUGCAGCGACCCGUGUGCCCGCAAUGAGAUGAAGAAGAUGCAGGCUGGAGAGUACUGUUGUUGGAUCUGUACGGCGUGUGAGGCUCAUGAAUACCUAGCUGAUGAGUUCACCUGUUCGCCCUGCGCCCCUGGCCAGUGGCCCAGUGAAGACCUCACUUCCUGUUACGACCUGCCUGAGGACUACAUCAUGUGGGAGGACGCCUGGGCUAUCGGACCAAUCAGCAUCGCUGUUGUUGGGUUCCUGUGUACAUCUCUGGUGUUCUGGGUGUUUGUGAGACACAACAGCACGCCCCUGGUGAAGGCGUCAGGCAGAGAGUUGUGUUACAUUCUCCUGCUGGGUGUCUUCAUGUCCUACUCGCUCACCUUCCUCUUCCUGGCCAAGCCCUCGCCUGCUAUCUGCGCCAUGCGACGCCUCGGCCUCAGCACCUCAUUUGCUGUCUGCUACUCUGCCCUGCUCACCAAGACCAAUCGGAUCGCCCGGAUCUUCAGUGGGGUGAAGGACGGGGGCGGGACCACGAAGCCGCGCUUCAUAAGCCCCACGUCCCAGGUGUUUAUCUGUCUCAGUCUGAUAUCGGUCCAGUUAGUGAUGGUGUCUGUGUGGUUGCUGCUGGAGGUUCCUGGUACCCGGAGGUUUACGUUACCGGAGCGACGGCAGACAGUGAUCCUGAAGUGUAACGUCCGUGACUCCAGCAUGCUGCUGUCGCUAGGAUACGACGUGCUCCUGGUCAUCCUGUGUACUGUGUACGCCUUCAAGACCAGGAAGUGUCCAGAGAACUUCAACGAGGCUAAGUUCAUAGGUUUCACCAUGUACACAACCUGUAUCAUCUGGCUAGCCUUCCUGCCCAUAUUCUACGUCACAUCCAGUGACUACAGGGUCCAGACCACCACCAUGUGUAUCUCUGUUAGUCUCAGUGGCUUUGUGGUGCUGGGCUGUAUGUUCGCUCCCAAGGUCCACAUCAUCAUGUUCCAACCACAGAAGAAUGUCACCAGUCUCCGCCUCAAUAUCAACCGCUUCAGUGUCAGUGGCCCUGCCACCACAUACGCUUCACACGCAUCAGUGAGUGCCCAGUACGUACCGACAGUGUGUAAUGGGAGAGAGAUCGUCGACUCCACCACUUCCUCUCUGUGACCACACCCACUCACCUCUCUAACCCUGCCCCCCAGAGACUGUUAGCCAAUAGGCACACGUUGUGCCCCCCUGCCCCCUCCUCCCACGACGUGGACUAGCACAGUUCUGUUUCACGGCUGUAGAAAGGGUUUAAUACUACUUUGUUUUCUAGUGCUGUACAUAUAAUGGAAUCAAAAUUGUUGUAGAGAAACAAAAGAACCAAAACAACUUUGCAGGAGGAUUUUUUGAGCCUUUGUUUUGAAAAGCUUUGUUAAGAAGUGUGUACAUAUACACAUGAUGUGUACAUAUAUAACUGUGCACUGGGUUGUGAUAGGAGUGUGUAUGUGUUAAGGUUGUGAUAGGAGUGUGUGUGUGUGCUAAGAUUGUGUUAGGAGUGUAUGUAUGUGUGUGUUAGGGUUGUGAUAGGAGUGUGUGUAUGUGUGUUAUGGUUGUGAUAGGAGUGUGUUUAUGUGUGUGUGUGUGUGUGUGUGUGUGUGUGUGUGUGUGUGUGUGUGUGUGUGUGUGUGUGUGUGUGUGUGUGUGUUAGGGUUGUGAUAGGAGUGUGUGUGUGUGUGUUAGGGUUGUGAUAGGAGUGUGUGUAUGUGUGUUAUGGUUGUGAUUGGAGUGUGUUUAUGUGUGUGUGUGUGUUGUGAUAGGAGUGUGUGUGUGCAUUUUAUGGUGUGUGUGUGUGUGUGUGUAUGUGUGUUAGGGUUUUGAUAGGAGUGUGUGUGUGAGUUAGGUUUGUGAUAGGAGUAUGUGUGUGUUAGAGUUGUGAUAGUAGUGUGUGUGUGUGUGUUAGGGUUGUGAUAGGAGUGUGUGUGUGUGUUUGUUAGUGUGUGUGUGUGUGUGUGUUAAGAUUGUGAUAGGAGUGUGUGUGUGUUAGGAUUGUGAUAGGUGUGUGUGUAUGUAUUAGGGAUGUCUGAGACAGAUGUUCUGUAGGGGUAGGGGCUGAGACAGCCUCACCUGCAAUAGCCCACAGACUUUGUACUAUUUUUUGUAGGUCUCAUUGUAAUAACCCAGUCAGUAUGCAUUUUUAUUCAUUUGUAUGUUGUAUGUUGUAUCUGUAUAUUUGUAUAUUACUGAUGGUUGGAACAGCACAAUGUUGCGGGUAUUAUGUAACUCCAGUAGGAUUCCCACUACUGUGGACUGACAGUGGAUGAAGCUCCCUGAGUUGGGCUGACGAGCCCAUAGGAAUAGAAUGGCUGGAACAGACGUAGUAUCCACAUUUCAUAUAGUUUGUUGAAUCACACAUUUUCUCUCAUUGUAGCAUAUAGGGGGGAGGUAGCCAAGUGGUUAGAGGGUUGGGCCAGUAACUGAAAGGUCGCUGGUUCAACAUCUUCAGUUACCAGCACAACGCUGAUCGCAACAGAUACGUGCCCAUUGGUGAGUGGCCGGAGACUCUGAGCCUGAGCAGUGACCUGAUUCGCUGGCCAAGGGAGGUGGUGCCCCCAUCCCAGUGCAGCGACCCGUGUACCCGCAACGAGAUGAAGAAGAUAAAGUCUGGUUAGGAACACACACACACAGGGCUUUAAGCAGAUCUAGUGACAGCACUAGUAGAAGCUCUGUUCGAGUCCCCGAGCCGAUAAGGCGAAAAAUCUGUCGAUGUGCCCUUGAACAAGGCUCUUAACCCUAAUGGCUCCUGUAAGUCGCUCUGGAUAAGAGUGUCUACUAAAAUGUAAAUGUUAAAAAUAUAGCAGUAUAGAAUAUUUAUUGAACUUUCCAAAUGAUGCACCCAACAUGGCAGCCAGUCCAGUCAUUGUUUUGAACUUGAAUGUCCUUUCUACGCAUCCUAAUUCUAUGGAACAGCCACUGUAUAGGAGUGUCCAAUUACCUUGGUGGCCAUAGUAACAGACGUGUGUACAACAACGCAACAACAUUUCUCCUUAACCAGCAUUUUUGGCAUAAACGUUAGCAACGAUGUGACAACACAAGGUAGUUAAUUACAAGUGACUGUUCAAAGUCUUAACUGCCAUUAUUGUCAAUAUUAAAGAAACAUUACAGAU